AUGCCAGAUGCAUCCUCACGCGCUACCCGCUCGAUAGGCGCUACCAUGACUAGUAUGCAAACGUUGUUGUUCCAGCUGGAGCCCACCACCUUUCUUCAACAUCUUGCAACUCAGAACCAGCUUCUGGCAUGUCUACAAUGGCUGGGAGAAUUCCAAGUACUCGCCUACGUCCCACUGGUUGGGAGUUGCAGUGUGCUUAUCAAAGACUUGGCGGAUCUGGCAGACGUUCCUGAAGCGGAAUUGUAUCGUGUAGUCAGAAUAAUGGCCUUGGCCGGUUUUCUGCAAGAGCCCCAGCCUGGAUAUAUCGAACACACGGCCUUAUCGGCCAGCUUUGUCUCAAGACCUGCCCAUUUGGAUGCCGCCAUGUUCAUGGCUGAAACUGUGGCCCCGUCUGCUUUACACAUGGCUGCCGCCACAAGGCGUCAUGCAGCCACUAAAUCAGGAGCAGAGGCAAGGGCAGCCGAGAGUGCGUACACCGUUGCGUUGAGAUGCUCGCAGAAGGAGCCCCAGACGUUCCAGUCGGCAUUGGUACAGCGCAAACGACUGCAACGUCAAUGGCCAGCCUAUCUUAGCUGUGUGGGAGAUUGCCAUGGUGGCGCCACGGACAUCCUCGGCCAACUGGACUGGCCUGGCCUUGGAAACGCGUGCGUUGUGGACGUUGGAGGUCCAUCGACUAGGAAGUCCAAGACUGGUGGCUUGUGUCCCAUUCAGACGUUAGCGGAACACCACCCCGCCCUCCGCUUCGUCAUUCAGACGGACGAGCCAGUAAGAUCUCAAUCGUCUUCAUUCGAAGAUCCUACUUCCCGGAUCUCAGUGCAUAAGCGAGCCAAUGGGACACAACAGACAAUCAAAGACGCUGCUGUAUACCUCAUCCGACUUUCGACCCCCACUCUGACCCCAAUCCGCACCAGAAUCUUGUCUGAGCUGCAAGCCCACCUCCGAGUUCUAGAAGCCAACAAAUCUGCGCUACUAGUGUUGACUCCGCGGCUGCUCCCCGAACCUAGCGCUGUCGACGUCCACGUUGAAAGUAUGGCACGAUUGCGAGAUCUGUCUCUGCUGCAGUUGGCCAACGACGGCGACCUAACCAUGCAGGAGCUGAUGGAUUUGGUCGAUAGUGUGCAUGAUUGUAAUGGACGCUUGGUUGUCGUCAAAAAGCUGUCUUCGCGGAACAUUGCUACAGUCGCCCUAGGAAUCAGGUAUCAGACAAACACGGACAGGCAACAUCAACUGUCAACUCGACAGUGA